AUGAGCAGCGAAACCCCUGACCGCGAAGUUUUGCCCACGUACGUGACCCCUGUGCACUACGACCUGACAGUGGAGCCCAAUUUCGAGACAUUCAAGUUCGAUGGCCGCGUGAAGAUUGACCUGACGGUCAACGAUGGAAAGCAGCACCGCGUGCAACUGAACACCGUCGAGAUUGACAUCCACUCUGCCAGAAUCGGCGACCGCGAGGCGGUCGAGUGGGAGGCCGACUCCGAGAGCCAGGUGACCACCAUCAUUUUCCCAAAAGGUGUUUUCGAGGGCCAGUCUCAGGUCACGCUAGACCUUGCCUUCACAGGCUCACUCAAUGACAACAUGGCCGGGUUCUACCGCGCCAAGUACACCGACAAGGCCACAGGCGCCACAAAGUACAUGGCCACCACUCAGAUGGAGCCAACUGACGCCAGAAGAGCCUUUCCAUGUUUCGAUGAACCUAACCUCAAGGCCACUUACGCCAUCACCCUAGUGUCGGAUCCGAAGUUCACUCACCUGUCAAACAUGGACGUGAAGUCAGAGUCUGUAAAGGACGGCAAGAAGUACACCCUCUUCAACACGACCCCUAAAAUGUCCACAUACCUUGUAGCGUUCAUUGUCGCAGAGCUAAACUACGUUGAAAACAACGACUUCCGUAUCCCUGUCAGAGUGUACGCCACCCCUGGCGACGAAAAACACGGUCAGUUUGCGGCGGACCUCACUGCCAAGACCUUGGCCUUCUUCGAGAAAACCUUCGGUAUCAAAUACCCUCUCCCAAAAAUGGACAACGUGGCUGUUCACGAAUUCAGCGCUGGUGCCAUGGAGAACUGGGGACUUGUCACAUACAGAGUCGUUGACUUGCUGCUUGACCGCGAAAACUCGACCUUGCAAAGGGUUCAGAGAGUUGCCGAAGUUGUUCAGCAUGAGUUGGCUCACCAAUGGUUUGGUAACCUUGUUACUAUGGACUGGUGGGAAGGCUUGUGGCUGAAUGAGGGGUUCGCUACCUGGAUGUCGUGGUAUUCUUGCAAUGAAUUCGAGCCCGAGUGGAAGGUGUGGGAGCAGUAUGUUUCUGACAACUUGCAAUCAGCUCUGAUGCUGGACUCCUUGAGAUCCUCGCAUCCAAUUGAAGUGCCAGUCAAAAGAGCUGACGAAAUCAACCAAAUUUUCGAUGCGAUCUCUUACUCUAAGGGUUCCUCGCUUCUGAGAAUGAUAUCGAAGUGGUUGGGCGAGGACGUGUUUAUCAAGGGUGUCUCUCAAUACCUGAACAAGUUCAAGUACGGCAACGCCAAGACCGACGACCUUUGGGACGCUCUGGCGGCUGCCUCUGGCAAAGACGUCCGUCAAGUUAUGAACAUCUGGACCAAAAAAGUUGGCUUCCCUGUUGUAACUGUCGCAGAAGAAGGAGAGAAGCUAACCUUCACCCAGAAUCGUUACCUGACCACCAAAGAUGUCAAGCCUGAAGAGGAUAAGACUAUAUACCCUGUUUUCUUGGCGCUGAAAGGCGAAAACGGCGUUGACCACUCCUUAGCCUUAGACCAAAGAUCAAAGGAGGUUACUCUGAAGGACACUGAUUUCUUCAAGGUCAACGCUGAUCAAGCAGGCCUAUUCAUCACCUCUUACUCAGAUGAAAGGUGGGCCAAACUGGGCAAGCAGGCGGACUUACUAUCAGUCGAGGACCGUACAGGCCUGGUAGCGGAUGCGAAGGCCCUGUCUACAUCGGGAUACACCUCCACAACAAACUUCUUGGAGCUUAUUUCCCAGUGGAAGAGUGAAUCCUCGUUUGUUGUGUGGGAACAAAUGAUCAAUAGUCUGUCGUCUUUGAGGGCCACGUGGAUAUUUGAGCCUGAAGAAGUGAACGAAGCACUCGAUGAGUUUACCAGACAGCUCAUCUCGAGCAAAGCUAGUGAGUUGGGCUGGGAGUUCAAAAAGUCAGACUCGUUUGCUACGCAGCGUAUGAAGGUGGAAAUUUUCAGCACAGCCUGCUCUGCCAAGGACUCUGCUGUUGUCGAAGCUGCCCUCGAAAUGUUCGACAAAUACUCAUCGGGCGACAAGAAUGCAAUUCCCGCCCUUUUGAAGCCGGUAGUUUUCAACGUCGCCGCUCAAAAAGGAGGUUUGAAAUACUAUGAGAAACUGUACCACAUUUACAAGAACCCAUCAUCUACGGACGAAAAAAUAUCCGCUCUAAGAUGCUUGGGGCGCUUUGAAGAUCCUCAACUUAUCAAGAGAACCCUGGGCUACUUGUUCGAUGGAAUUGUCCUUGCACAAGACAUUUACAUCCCUAUGCAGGGCCUGAGAAGACAUCCUGCUGGUAUCAAAGCACUGUGGUCUUGGAUUAAAGAAAACUGGGCCGAAUUAACCAAAAGAUUGCCUCCAGGGCUAUCAAUGCUUGGCUCUGUUCUUCAGGUCUCAUCAUCAGGUUUCACGUCUAUGGAAGCUGUUGAAGAAAUCAAAGGCUUUUUUAAGGACAAGUCUACCAAAGGUUUCGACCAAGGUCUGGCACAAGCUUUAGACACUGUCACCUCUAAGGCUCAGUGGAUAAACAGAGACCGCGAAACAAUUAACCGUUACCUCAAGGAGCACGGUUACUACAAAAACAAAUAA